UUUUCCUUCAACUUUUGUGUUUACUUUUCGUUCAAUUUUUAAUUAUCAAUUAAUUUGAUUUUCUAUUUAUCUCAAUUUAGAUUAACAAUGUUUAACUAUCUAAUUAAAUGGUUAACUGAUUGUGGUUUAACUUGACAUUUUCUGUACAUUCACUUUAAUUGUUAAGUGAAUAUUGUUGAUCUCAUUGUUGACUAACUUGACUAACACUUUGGCUGCGAAAUCAAUUUAAAUUGUCAACUAAAGUUUACAUGCCAAAGUGAGUUAAUCAAUAUUGGCACUGAUUUAAUUGUGGAACUAAAAAUGGCCGAUAAAAUUGAUUGGUGAUUAUCAUGUGGAAUCGUCAAGCACCUUUCAUUCUGAUCUCAUCAGAAAACUGUUGCUGUUGUUUAGUUUCACUUGAAGAUUGUCAAUCAUCUGAUACCAAUAGAGAAUCGGUUAAAAAAGGUAAACAUGGUAAAGUUAAAUCAGCUGGAAAGGGUCAAGGUAAAUCAUUCAAAUGUCCAGAUUGUGAUUACCAAAAUGUGAAACAAUCAAAGAUGAUUAGACACCUUCGAAUGCAUUCUGGACAUAAACCAUUCAAAUGUCCAUCCUGUCAAUACGAAUCUAAUGAUAAGUCAAAGAUUCGCCGUCACUAUGUUACUCAUACUCGAGAGAAGCCCUUUCAAUGUGAACUUUGUGGUUCCAAGUUCACCCAAUCCGGUAGCCUGAAAACUCACUUGACCAACGUUCAUGGUUUGACCAAAGUUGAAUUUCGAUGUCCAUUUUGUCCUAAACUGGUUACAUCAAACAUUGGAGAAUUAAGGAAUCACAUUAAAUCUUAUCAUGAUUCAACUAAUUAUCCACUAAUUGUUAACAAAGUGAAUAACGUUACUUUGUUACCUUUAUCAUCGAAAUCGCAACAACCAGUUAACACGAUUUCAGUGGAAGGACAAUCAACUUGUUCUCAACUUAUUUCCAAUGAGAUGGAAUUUAAUUUUUCUCAACAAUCUUGCUCUUCAACGUCAACAAUCAAUUCUGCAUUUGAAUGAAAUUGAAACGAUAAUUUCUACAAAUUAACAACCAUUUGUUUGUUCUUUGUUUCGAUUAUAUAUAUUUACAACUAACUCAAUUUUCUAUUUUUACAACAAAAAGAAAAAGAGAGAAAGUAGAUUAAUCUUCGUUUAAAUCGAGAGAGAGAGAGAGAGAGAGAAAUUGAUGAUGAUGAAAAGAAGGAGAAG